AUGUUUAAAAAAAAGAAAAAUCAAAACCCAUUUUUGUUUUUAUUUAUAUUUUUAAUAAUUUCCAACCAAUUUAUAACAUCAGCUUUUGGCCAAGAAACAACUUCAUCAAGUGGUGUAGCAGAAAAUGAAGAAUGUGAUGAUGACUUGGGCUGUGGAAAGGAUGCAAGUAGGCUAUUACUUUCAUUUGUAAUAGUAGUAUUUAUAGGAAUUAUUGUAGUAUUUAUUGUCGUAAGGGUUAACUUUCAUUAUAUACCCGAAUCAUUAGCAGUAGUAUUUUAUGGUGUAAUAAUAGGUCUUAUAAUUAGAUUCUCUAAUUUGUCUUUGUUUGACCAUUUAGCAACAUAUAAUGCAAACAAAUUCUUUUUAUUUAUAUUGCCAUUUAUAAUUUUUGAAACUGGGUAUACAUUAACCAAAUAUGAAUUUUUUAAAAAUAUUAGGGUUAUUAUAAUAUUGGCAACUGUUGGAUGCUUUAUUUCUUUCAUUGGCACAGGGUUAGGCAUACAUUUACUUGGAAAAACAUCAGCAUCAGCCCCUUUAACAAUGCUUGACAGCCUAAUAGUCGGUGCAGUUACAUGUGCUACAGAUCCAGUCGCAACAUUAGCCAUAUUUAAAGCCUUGGAUGUCGAACCAACAUUAUAUAUGAUUGUUUUGGGUGAAAGUAUUUUAAAUGACGCUGUUGGUGUAAUUUUAUACGAGGCUGUUAUUGGGUAUACAAUUAAGGAAGUAUGGAAACCCAUACUACUAUUUAUAACAAUGUUUAUCGGCUCUAUAGUAUUGGGUAUUGUAAUCGCUUUGGUUCUAGCUAUUCUAUUAAAGUACAUCGAUUUUGGAAAAUUCCCCGCACUCGAAACUAUAUUUAUUUUAAUAUUUUCAUAUCUAUCCUAUUUAAUUGCCGACUCAAUUUAUUUAUCUGGUAUUUUAUCAAGUUUCUUUUGUGGUAUUACUACUAGCCAAUAUGUUUAUAAAAGCUUAUCAAGUGACACUAAGAAAUCAGUCUCUCAACUAUUUAAACUAAUAUCAUUCGUUGGUGAAACCAUAGUUUUCAUAUAUAUAGGUAUUACACUACCAAAUCAUAAUUUUAAUUUUGAUAUUAGAUUAUUUAUAUGGACCUUUAUAUUAUUAAUUGUAACUAGGGCCAUAUCAGUUUUUCCAGCAUUCUUUUUGUUUUCAAAUAAAGUUUCUAAACCAAUUCAAGUUGUUAUUUGGCUUUCAGGGUUAAGAGGUGCAAUUUCAUUUUCAUUAAUGUCCCAAAGCGAGAUUAACGAAGCUAAUAAUCCAUCAUUAGUAAAGACCGAUAUUCUUUUAUCUGUUAUUUCUACUCUCUUCAUUUUUGGUUUUGCAACAUAUCCACUAUUAAAACUAUUAAAGAUACAAUUAAAUCAAAGUGACCAAACACUGGAAAGUAUAACUAGAAAUGAAAACUAUCAACAACCCAAAUUUCACUUUAUUAGUUCUUUGUUUAGAAAAACCGAUUUGAAGCUAACAAAUUUUUUUUCUAGAGAUACCCCACCCGAGAAGAAAAAUAGUAUAAAACAAUCUCAACAACCACAGACAUCGUCAAAACCAAAGUCAAAAUUAAAACCCCAACCUUCCUAUGAAUCAAUCAGCAAACUUAUGAAAAAAGAUAAAAGAAAUAAAGGUGAUAUUGAAAUGAACGAAUUUAAUACAGAUACAGAAAAUGAUAAUAAUGCUAUAGUUAACAAUAAUAAUAAUAAUAAUAAUAACAAAAAUAAGACAAAUAAUGAUAAUUGCGAUAGUAGUAAAGAAUUAUUAUUUGAAAUGGAUGAUCUGGAUGAUCCAUUAACUGAAAAUUAUAUUGCCAAAUCCUCCCCCCAAUUCAUUGUCCAAUUAAUAUAUUAUCAACCCGAUAACGUUAACCCCGAAUUGACCAAGGUCGAUAAAGACGAUAGUUCUGGAAAUUCAAGUUUACUAAGUUGCGUGGGUUAUUACUUUUUAAUUUUAUGUUUCUUAUUAAAAAUAAUAGAUAAUAAUAAAACUACCAGUAAAAUUAAUAAUAAUAAUAAUAAUAUAUUAAUAUAUAUUUAUAUAUAA